CUGCCCACUGUGGAAGUAGGCGUUUGUUUGCGAUUUUAACAAGUGGGCUACUAUGUUAUAAAAGAGCCUGGAUGGCAAAUCUUUACACAGAUGCCAAACUGCUGUUUUACUACUGUUAUUGUUCUACUGCAACUGUUGUAUAGACAAAUACACGGUUUGUGUGCACACACUGAGAAACUGCGAGGAGGAGAGAGAAAGGGCAAAGUAGGGAAAACAAGGAGAGUUAGAGAAGGCUGAGCUGGCGGAUCCAACACAGUCGUAGUUGACGUUCGCUAACGGGACCAGUCCGGUUCAAAAACAGGGACGUUAACCUGGCAAAAAUGAGACUUUCAUCUUUGCUGUUGUUUUCAGGUAUUGCUGUCUGUGCGCUUUGCGCUCUGGUAAACUCCGAAGUAGAGGGAAUUCCUGAAGACAAACUUCUAGUUGUGACUGUUGCGACCAAAGAGACUGAUGGCUACAGGCGUUUCCUGAGGACAGCGAAACACUUUAACUAUACUGUCAAGGUUCUGGGCCGAGGUCAGAAAUGGAAGGGAGGUGACUACAUGUCAGCCCCAGGAGGAGGCCAGAAAGUACGACUUCUUAAAGAAGGUCUGAAGGAGAUGAAGGAUGACCACCAAAUAAUCCUUUUUAUUGACAGCUAUGAUGUGGUUUUCGCCUCGGGUCCCAAAGAGCUGCUCAAGAAGUUCCAACAGGCCAAGCACAGGGUUGUGUUCUCCUCUGAGACCCUCAUCUGGCCAGACAGACAUCUGGAGGACAAAUAUCCCCAUGUCAGGGAGGGCAACAGGUUCCUGGGCUCAGGGGGUUUCAUUGGCUAUCUCCCCAACAUCAAAGAGCUUGUUGCUAAUUGGACAGGAGACGAUGGUGACAGUGACCAGCUGUUUUUCACCAAGAUUUACACUGAUCAAUCAAAAAGAAAAUCUAUAAAUAUCACCCUGGACAACAAAUGCAGACUCUUUCAGAACCUUCAUGGAGCACUUGAUGACGUGGUGCUGAAGUUUGAAGAUCAUCAAGUACGAGUCAGAAAUGUGUUGUAUGAUACUCUGCCUGUCAUCAUCCAUGGGAACGGGCCAACAAAGCUCCAGAUCAACUACCUGGGAAACUACAUCCCCAACACAUGGACAUUUGAGUCCGGGUGCACAGUGUGUCAUGAGGAUCUACGGUCACUCUCAGCUCUUCAGGAAAAUGAAUACCCUCUGGUAGUGAUUGGCAUCUUCAUUCAGCAGCCCACUCCAUUUGUUACAGUGUUCUUCGAACGGCUGCUGAAGCUCCAGUAUCCCAAGAACAAACUCAAACUCUUCAUUUUUAACAAGGAAGCUCAUCAUCAGCGUCAGGUCCAAUCUUUCCUGAAGGAUUAUGGAAGCCUGUAUGAGAAAGUCACAGUCAUCGAACCUGAAGAAGAGAUGGAUGGAGCUGCCUCUCGGAACCUAGGCCUUGAUCUGUGCCGGAGGGACCAGGACUGUGACUAUUUCUUCAGUUUGGACAUUGAAGUGGUCUUAAAGAACAAGGAUACACUCAAAAUUCUGAUUGAACAAAACCUUCCUAUUGUAGCACCAAUGAUAACUCGAGGCGGUCGGCUGUGGAGCAACUUUUGGGGAGCCCUGAGUGGAGACGGCUACUACGCCAGGUCUGAGGACUAUGUGGACAUUGUACAAGGACGGAGAGUGGGCGUCUGGAAUGUGCCAUAUGUGUCCAAUGUGUACCUGGUGAAAGCCGGCCUCCUCCAAAGAGAGCUGAAAGACUACGAGCUGUUCAGCUCCUCGGACCCUGACAUGGCUUUCUGCCACAACAUACGCAACAAGGGAAUCUUCAUGUAUGUAACCAACAUGCACACAUUUGGCCGCAUCCUGUCUACAGAAAAUUACCAGACCGGUCAUCUACACAAUGAUCUGUGGCAGAUCUUUGAAAAUCCAGUGGACUGGGAGGAGCGCUACAUCCAUGAGAACUAUACCCGCAUCAUGAAGGACAAGCUGAUUGAAAAUCCUUGCCCAGAUGUGUACUGGUUCCCAGUCUUCUCCAGUGUUGCUUGUAACCACAUGAUUGAAGAAAUGGAGCACUAUGGAAAGUGGUCAGGAGGGGCCAAUGUGGAUAACAGAAUCCAUGGUGGCUAUGAGAAUGUCCCCACCAUCGACAUCCAUAUGACUCAAAUCAACUUUGAAAAAGAAUGGCAGAAAUUCUUAGUGGAGUAUGUGGUACCAAUCACAGAAAAGAUGUUCCCUGGAUACUACACCAAGGCUCACUUCGAAUUGGCCUUUGUAGUUAGAUAUAAGCCAGACGAGCAACCCUCUUUAAGGCCACACCAUGAUGCCUCCACAUUCACUGUAAACAUUGCACUCAACCAAGUAGGCCUUGAUUACCAGGGUGGUGGAUGCAGGUUCCUCCGCUAUGACUGCUCCAUUCAGGCUCCUCGUAAAGGUUGGGCCCUUUUGCACCCGGGCCGCCUCACCCACUACCACGAAGGCCUGCCCACCACCGCUGGUGUCCGCUACAUCGCAGUGUCCUUCGUGGAUCCCUGAGCUCACAAAGAUGGCACAACUUGACCAACCAGGACACAUACUGACCACAUGGUCCAGCAUCAUUUUCUGCAUUAUCCGAUUUAAAGCAGAAUUGUUUUUGUUUUCAUCAACUCAUUUCCUUUAAUCUGAUAUGGCUUCUGUCACACUCACAGUUAUGUUUGACUUUCACAUGGUGAUGAACUAUUAGCUGCAUUAGACGAACUUUUCUGUAGUGAAACAUGAAAAACACACAAUUUUAUCACCAAUUAAGAUGAGAACUGUUUAUUUAAAGUGUCAGACUUGAUCUUUUGCCCAUGAGUGUUUUUCAGCAGCAGUCUGCAGGUGUUACCCUUCACAUACUCAUUUGUAUUCAGGUCAGUAACCAUCAAAGGUGUAAUUUGAAUAAUUGUUGACUGGCUCACUGAGGUUUGAAAGACCUAAGUUAUCCAUUUGUUCAUAGGUUUUUUCAUAAUUAAGCAUUUUGGGAAGGCGUACCACUUCUUGUCAGAUUUUGAACAGCUUCAAAGGGAUAUUUGACAAACCAAUAGGUGAUGUCACAGCUCAAACACUUCACAUGUGAAAGAAGGAGGUGAGGUUUUGGGAAAGCGUGCACAUAGACGUCGCACAUCAGGAAAAAUAAGAUGAAUCAAGUCUCCACAGCCACAUAAAGAAAACCUGUACAUAGACGAUAUAUCACACAUUGAAAAUGUUAACUUUUAAAGAUUUUUUUUUAUUUAUUCAUUUUAAACAUAUGUUAAUUUUGACUUUAGAAUACUUGCAGUGCUGAAAUCACCAAGAGCUCCCCCCUCACAGAAUGGCAGCUUCUGUUGUUGGAGAACCAGUAUGUCAUUCAGCAUUCAUGGUGCUGGAUGGACGGACAGCUGGAGUUUGAUUGGUUUAUUUUGUAUUUCUUAGAUCUCACUUCUGUUUGGAUUUGAAAAUUCUCUGAUAUGGUUUGUUUACCCAGUCAAGUCAUCUUACUAACUACUGUGAUGCUAAUUGGUCCUGACAUCUUCCACUGUGUGCUGAUUGUUGCCUAGUAACAUUUCUCAGGUACAACAUUCAUUGUCAUGUUGUGCUAGUUUUAUUUAAAUUAUUUUCCAUUUAUUGCAAUUUGUUUCAGUGGCUUCUUGUAGUCUUAUUGAUAAUGUUCAUUAUAAAUUGCACAUUCCUGCUGUUGCAGCCUUGUAUGCAAGUCUGUCUGUAUUUUAUUCCAGUUGUGCGUGUAUUUCUGACGAGUUCAUCGCUGCAAAAACUAACAUGGAUCAGCCAUAGGAAACCUGUAAAUGCUUGGACCCAUUAGUUUUGUUGGGCCAUCCAGAUGCUGGUACAGAUGGCAGGUUGUGUGGUUCUAGUCAUGUCUUCAGCUGAAUUUCUUUCAUUACAGGCAGGUUACCUUUGAUUUGUAAAAAUAAGUUGUGUUUUGCUUGAUUUUACUUCAGCAAGUAACUCUUUACUGUAGCUAAAGCAGCUUUAUUCAGACACUCCAAAGCCUUUUUUGUACAUUGUAUUAGAUAAAAGCCACACUGAGAAGUUUCAUAUUGGAAUCAGAGCUCACUUUUAUUCUUGAAACUUAUGUUCAUGAGCUUAAAUUUGUAUGACUGUGAGGUUCAGUCUCACUGAACGAUCUGACCCAAAAUCGAGCUCUGUAUGUAAACAUAUUUAAGAAUAAUAAGGAUUAAAAGCCUCAGCAGUGGUCAGUGAGACGGUUUGUCUUAUGAAGCAGCGCCUCUGGUUUUGUGGUUCAGUAGCGACUGAGAGAGCGCCAUCAACGCCAGGAAACCAGCCAACCAAGAGAAGUCUGAUACCAAAUGUUAAAAGUUUGAUAUUAAACUCUGUAAUAAUUCUU